ACAGACCAAAAGUUCCACACUCAUACGCAUGAGUAAAUGCAGCCCAUCCAUCCUGAUCGUGUAUUCUGUUCGUCCUCCUUAUCUUCUGCAACGGGAAACGGCCUACAAAACGUCGCCGUCGAGCAGGGCAGCGAGUCCCACUCCCGCACGACAGGACAACCGAGCCACACGGAGAGAAUCAUGCGUUCCCCUGCCGGCCUCGCCGCCGCCCUCCCCCUCCUCCUGCUCGCGCUCCUGCUGCCGGCCCCCGCCGUCGCCGGCCGCCCCCUCGUCGCCGGCAACCGCAAGCCCGCCCCGUCCGAGGCCGCGGCCACCGCCAGGUGGCUCGCCGCGCAGAACACCUGGGGCGUCCUCAGCACAAUAUCAAGUGAUCUAAGUGGCGCUCCGUUUGGCAAUGUAGUUUCAUAUAGUGACGGGGUACCAGGUGAGAGCCAUGGUAUUCCGUACUUUUAUCUGACUACUCUGGAUCCCACUGCAAGAGAUGCAUUGGAGGAUGAAAGGACGUCCUUUACCCUUAGUGAGUUCCCUCUUGGCACCUGUGGGAAGGUUGAUCCUGAAAACCCAACAUGUGCAAAACUUACUCUUACCGGAAAGUUGAAGAUGGUUGACCAUAAGUCACCUGAAGCGGAUCUGGCCAAAACAGCGCUUUUCAGCAAACAUCCUGAAAUGGAGGGCUGGCCAAAGAACCAUCACUUCGAGAUCUUUAAACUGGAAAUCGAAAACAUAUUCUUGAUCGACUGGUUUGGGGGUCCUAAACCUAUAUCCCCUUCACAGUAUCUUGAGUAUGGAAGGGACCAGGGCUCAGUGAUGUUCUUGUGAGCGCGAAUGCUGCUGAAACCCAUAUCCUUAGCAUGUUUGCCUAUGCUUUCUGAAAGACGUCCAAACUGUACAUACUGUAAUGGCCUACGAUUAAAUAAACACGUAAUAUUGUCUUUGUGUCGACAUAAUACUGAAAGACUUCAAAGGGCGAGGUUACGUUGUAUUGGUGGUAUUUUGUUUCGACAGUGUAAAGCAACAGUUAUUACUCCCUCCGUUCCUAAAUAUAAGUCUUUUUAGAGAUUUCAA